AGUAGACUUGACGACCUAGGGAGGGGACUCGGAGGCCAGAAAAGAAGAUGAAGAUGAAGGCGUUGAUCUAUGGGAUUGCUACGGUUGUGAUGUUGGCUACAGUGCCUUUGAGCAGUGCAAUGGAGCAACUGAGCUCGAGAGAAUGUGAGAAUCUGGGCUUUACUGGACUUGCUUUGUGCUCUGACUGCAAUACUUUCGCCGAAUAUGUUAAGGACAAGGAGUUGAUAUCGGAUUGUGUGAAGUGUUGCACAGAAGAUUCCAAUGAUGCCAUGAGCAAGAUAAGGUACUCAGGAGCUUUUCUAGAAGUCUGCAUGAGGAAACUUGUUUUCUAUCCGGAGAUUGUGGGCUUCAUUGAAGAGGAAAAGGACCAGUUCCCAUCAGUUAAAGUUCAGUAUGUUUUCAAUUCCCCACCAAAGUUGAUCAUGCUGGAUGAUGCUGGUCAACAUAAGGAAACGAUCAGAAUCGAUAAUUGGAAACGGGAGCACAUAAUGCAGUUCCUACGCGAGAAGGUUAAGCCGUUGGCAGCUGUUUGAAAAGCUUGAAUCCAUUCUCUACGAAGCCUCAUUCUUUAUCUUCAUUCAACCAAAAAUGAGGGUUAGUAUACGAAGGUCCAACUCUAGACAAGUCGAUUAGACGUUGCUACUAGUGACCUAAAUCACUAGUGUCGAUUGUAGAGACCUUGAGUUUCGUGACAGUUGACUGCCAUGAGAUAUCAUUUCCCCCAUAUUUAAGGUUUCUCAGCCGUAUUGGAAAA